GCAUAUUUCAUUGACCAAUUUGAAAUGCUUGCCGACAAAAGUUCCUCUUCUCUCUGUAAGAAAUUACUAAAACAUUCUGAAAUAAGAUUUAACCUAAAUAGACAUUUUAAAUUGAAAUUUAUUAAAUAUUUGGUUUUAAUGACGAGAUGUAUAAAACGUGGUUCCUGUUUGUAUAUGUAUUUUACUGUUUUAUUACAGUCCUUUUAUCGGAAAAAUUUCAUUGCGAAAAUACUCCACUUAAAAGCUGCAAUUUGGAAAUAAGUGCCGGAUUAAUUCCGGUAAACAGAACUCAGCUCGUACAAUUCUGCAUAGAACUCUUUAGGUACAGAAGUUGCAUUAUAUUGAACGAAUUCAAGGCGGAAGAUUUCUGUGGUUGGCCUCUUGUUAUAGAAAAUGCUGGAGCUUUACUUAAUGAAGUUUGUUAUAACGAUUCUUCAUUCACUCAGAUGUAUUUCGCAGCAGCUCCAUGUCUUAAAACUGUAAUAAACUAUCAUGAAAAAGAUUGCGAAAUGUGGACAGAUCUUGUUCUUGCUGAAAUCAGCAAACACCAAAAAUAUGAGCGUAUAAAAGGCACCAGUUCUGAAGAAUGUAUAAGGAGCGUUUGCAUGGCCGAAUGUUACAGAAUAUAUUUGUUAGAAGUGUGUGGAAGUAAAGCAGGCUACGUCUACCAUGAAAUUUUGGAGAGCGUAUCAUUUUAUAUGCUGAAAUGCAGGUAUCCUCAACAGUAUCUCAUAGCUUUCAACCUAGUGGCACUUAUUCAACAAAAUUUUAUGGAAACAGGUCAUAUAUCUCUAAACCAACCUGCCAUGCCAUGAAACCCUAAUAUCCAAUUUGUAAAUUUUAAUAUAUUCUGAGUAAUCUUAAUAACUUUUAGAAACUAAUUGAUUUUAUAAUACGUUGGCCUUCAAUAAAAGCGAUUGUAUAUUGUAUUUAUUAUGU